AUGCCAGAGUCAAUGACAUUGAUCGAACAUGCAAAUAUUUUAAACAAAUUAAAUCAUAAAAAGUCAUUUCAUGAUCGAAUUUCUUUAACAAAUGAUAAUUUAAAAUCUCUUUCAUUAAAUGCUUAUUCUUCUCGACAUUUAAUAUCACCUGGAAAACAAACAAAACUUUUGCCUGCGGGUGAACAUAUUUUACCAUCCAUUGAAAAUGGACAUCGACGAAAGCCAAAACGACCAUCUUAUCGUACAUCACUUUAUCAUCCAAAUAAAUCAAAUUCUAAUCAGCUUGAUGUAACUACAUUAACAGCUCGUGGUACAAAGUCAGAAUUAUUUACAACAGUAAAAUAUGAUGAUAGAAUUCUAAAUUUUGAACAUCAUAAUGCUCCACCACCAAGCCCAUCUGAUUAUCAAAUUGAACGAUUAGUAUAUGAAUUCAAUCGAAUAAGACAAUUUACACCAGUUUCAAUAACAAAUAGAGAUGAUUAUAUACCAUAUCGUUUACCAGCACUUAAAAAAACACAACGACGAAUACAUUCAGAAUUAGAUUAUUCACCUAUACAUAUUAAAACAAAUUUAGCAAACAGCUCUGAAACUUUUUAUUGA